AUGUUGGGAUUGGGUUUAUGCGAAGCCAAAUCUUGUUACUACUUUCUCAUCAUUUCUUCUAAAUCUAAGAAAUUUUCAACUUAAUAAUAUUUUGUAAAAUUAUUAUCAGAAUAAAAAGAACUCAACAGGAUAGAAAUGAUAAAAAAAAAAUUAGAUGGCCAGAGCAAUUGUAUGAAUUCAUUAUACUAUGUGAUAUAGUAUCCAGUAGUUAUGAUAACUCAAUCAGAUUAUGGGAUGUUAAAACAGGAUAAUAAAAAGCCAAAUUAGAUGGUCAUAAAAAUUAUGUAUAAUCAGUAUGCUUCUCACCAGAUGGAUUUACUUUAGCAUCUGGUAGUGGUGUUUAGUCAAUCAGAUUAUGGGAUGUUAAAACAGGAUAAUAAAAAGCCAAAUUAGAUGGUCAUGAAAAUUAUGUAUAAUCAGUAUGCUUCUCACCAGAUGGAUUUACUUUAGCAUCUGGUAGUGGUGUUUAGUCAAUCAGAUUAUGGGAUGUUAAAACAGGAUAAUAAAAAGCCAAAUUAGAUGGUCAUGAAAAUUAUGUAUAAUCAGUAUGCUUCUCACCAGAUGGAUUUACUUUAGCAUCUGGUAGUGGUGUUUAGUCAAUCAGAUUAUGGGAUGUUAAAACAGGAUAAUAAAAAGCCAAAUUAGAUGGUCAUGAAAAUUAUGUAUAAUCAGUAUGCUUCUCACCAGAUGGAUUUACUUUAGCAUCUGGUAGUGGUGUUUAGUCAAUCAGAUUAUGGGAUGUUAAAACAGGAUAAUAAAAAGCCAAAUUAGAUGGUCAUGAAAAUUAUGUAUAAUCAGUAUGCUUCUCACCAGAUGGAUUUACUUUAGCAUCUGGUAGUGGUGUUUAGUCAAUCAGAUUAUGGGAUGUUAAAACAGGAUAAUAAAAAGCCAAAUUAGAUGGUCAUGAAAAUUAUGUAUAAUCAGUAUGCUUCUCACCAGAUGGAUUUACUUUAGCAUCUGGUAGUGGUGUUUAGUCAAUCAGAUUAUGGGAUGUUAAAACAGGAUAAUAAAAAGCCAAAUUAGAUGGUCAUGAAAAUUAUGUAUAAUCAGUAUGCUUCUCACCAGAUGGAUUUACUUUAGCAUCUGGUAGUGGUGUUUAGUCAAUCAGAUUAUGGGAUGUUAAAACAGGAUAAUAAAAAGCCAAAUUAGAUGGUCAUGAAAAUNGA